GCGGGCGGCGCGUGCGCGGGGGCGUGGCCGCGGCGGGGGCGCGGCCGGCGCUCAGUUCCUGCCCCGCGCGCGGGCGGGCAGGCGGGUGUCGCCGGUCGCGACAGAGCUGAAGAAACAAAUUGAUCUACAUGUGCUUCACUGUUCAUUGGAAGAAUGACAGAUGACAAAGAUGUACUUCGAGAUGUGUGGUUUGGGCGAAUACCGACCUGUUUCACUCUGUAUCAGGAUGAGAUAACUGAAAGGGAAGCUGAACCCUACUAUUUGCUUUUGCCGAGGGUAAGCUACUUGACACUGGUAACAGACAAAGUGAAGAAACACUUUCAGAAAGUUAUGAAACAAGAGGAAGUUAGUGAAAUAUGGUUUGAAUACGAAGGUACACCACUGAAAUGGCAUUACCCAAUUGGUUUACUCUUUGAUCUUCACGCAUCAAAUACAGCCCUUCCUUGGAGCAUCACAGUGCAUUUCAAGAAAGUUGUUGAGCUUUUAUUUUUCCUGAAACAUUUUCACUGCAACCUGUUUCUUGUCAGCAGAGCGAGAGAAUGGUUGUUACGUUCUGCCAAUUUUCCAGAAAAGGAUCUUCUACACUGCCAUUCUAAGGAUGUGAUUGAGGCUCAUUUUAUGGCUUGUAUAAAAGAAGCAGAUGCUUUAAAGCACAAAAGUCAAGUCAUCAAUGAAAUGCAAAAAAAGGAUCAUAAGCAAUUGUGGAUGGGAUUACAGAAUGAUAAAUUUGAGCAGUUUUGGGCAAUAAAUCGAAAACUCAUGGAGUAUCCUCCAGAAGAUAAUGGAUUUCGAUACAUCCCAUUUAGAAUUUAUCAGGCAACAACAGAGAGACCUUUUAUACAGAAGCUAUUUCGACCAAUUGCUUCAGGAGGACAGUUACAUACUUUGGGAGACCUGCUAAAAGAUGUGUGUCCUAGUGCUAUCACCCCUGAAGAUGGAGAGCAGAAGACUCAAGUGAUGAUUCAUGGAAUUGAGCCAAUGCUGGAAACACCCAUUCAGUGGCUAAGCGAACAUAUGAGCUAUCCAGAUAAUUUUCUCCACAUUAGUAUCAUUCCCCGACCUACUGAUUGAAAGUCAGCUAUAUUCGUAUGAGGAUCAUUCUCGAGCUGGAAUUCUAAGGGCCUGUCAACUUCUUGCUUCUGUCAGUCUUGACAGAGGCAGCCUGACCAGAAAAAAAGAAACCAACAAAAAGCCGAAACAAAACAAGAAGUCCUCACUGCUGUAAGCCAAACAGGAAGAGAGAUCCUAUCAUCAGAUAAGGGCAAUUGGGCUGAUCUUAUUUUGCAUCACUGCUGCGUUUGUUCACCGCUGUAAUUAAAUCAGUUGCGAUAUGAAAGAAUUCACAGGACUUCUGCAAAUCUGCUGUUUUCUUGUAAAAUAUAAUUAAACUGAAACUGUCAGCCGAAGAGCAAAUGGAAAUAUGCCACUUGAUUGUAUUUCUGAUUAACAAAUAAACAGGGCUGUUUCCUAAAGAGGUAGUGUUUCAGCUUUGAGGGUGGAAACAUUGGUUUAAUUUUCUAGAAAGUUAGACACUGAGAGAUUUGGUUACCAAUAGCUUUUUUGUAAAAGAUCAAAUUACUGUAAAUCCAUCUUUCCUUAAUGAGAAGUUCAUGUUUACAGUAUAUGUAUUGGUAUGCAAAUGAUCUUUUAACUUUGAUAACAAGCAGUGAGAGAUUUUAGAGUAAGCUCGUGAGCAUGUUUUGUCAGUUAAAAACAUGCUCAACUUAAUAAUUACAAAUACUUUUGUAUGCUGUCACUGAAUACUCCAGUGUGUUUAUUAUUCAAACCAGUUUUCAUAGACUAGCAACGAUGUAGGAUAAUUUGUCUCAGGAGUCAUCAUGGCAUUUCUUUGUGCUCAUCUAAUUUUUUUUUCUUUAAGAAUAUAUUUUCUUAAUUUACUUUAAAAAGUUUUAAAAAAAAAAAAAAGUUACAUGGAUGUUGCAAA